AUGUCAUCAUAGACACCAGUAAACCCAUUCCAGGGAUAGGAUCCAGACGCUGCUCCCUCUCUCUCAUCCUUUUCGGUCUCUCGUCCUUGCUACCCUCUGUUCUCCAUUUUUUAAAAAUCACUUUGUCGGCCGCUGUGAUUGGCUAGCAUCUACCUUUAGGCUUGUAGUGGGUGGGAAGGACACUGCACGUUGACCAAUGGACAGUAUCUUUGCUGAGGGGAGGGCGUGGUUAUAGGCGGUUGGAAGGAGAGGAGGAGUCGGUUGUGAUUCACACACACAUACUGAGCUAGUGCUAAGCACCGGGAGAAGCCGGCCUCCCUUCCCCCCGUUCCAUCAGAGCACCAUCCCGGGCUAUGUUGUUCCCCAGUCUUCUGUAAUCAUUUGCCAGGCCUCCGGAUAUAAAGCCAAGGGGCACGUUCCCCAUCCAGCAACCUGACCGAGCAGCUUCCCAUUGUCCUUUCCCUUUUUCUUCAAUGUUGGGUUCUUGCAAUCAUAUAUUGAUGGUGUAGAUCAUCGGGGAAGCUAAGACCUGUUUGUAGACGAUCACAAAACAGCUGCUGUGUGACUCUUCAUUUGAGCCUCUACUGAGACAAACAAUAUGGCAGUUCCCAUUUAUAUACAGAUUUAUUACACAUAGCAGAAGAACAGGAAACUAUGCAAAGUGCCUCAGCAUCUUACAUAAACAAUCACCACUAUGCUGUAUACUUCAUUUGGCAGAAUGAUACCUCAGAAAUAUGUCUGCGGGGAUUUUAAAUUUGGAUUGGUGUCAUUUCAACUUGACCAUGAUUUUGUGCUGUACACUCUGGGAUUAUCUGUCAGUUUUUUUGCCUUUGCUUGAAAACUAUUCACAUGAGUUGGUUCCUGAGAAGCUACGUCCCCUGAGUGGGAGCAGAGCUUUUUGAAGCACUGGGGUUGCUGGAGUGGUCCAAUUUUUCCUGGAAUUGCGUGACAAAUUCAGAAGACUGAAGCCCAGGCUCACUGUCUACCUUUCACGGAGGCCAAGCCGUGAGAGGACAGAAGAAGGCACGUGGCGAAUCAUGACUGCCGACAAAGAAAAGGAUAAAGACAAGGACCGGGAUCGGGACAGAGAGAGAGAAAAACGGGACAAAACCCGUGAUGGGGAAAACUCAAGGCCGCGACGCAGUUGCACACUAGAAGGGGGUGCCAAAAACUAUGCAGAAAGUGACCAUAGUGAAGAUGAUGACAAUGAAAACAAUAGCACAACAGCAGAGGAGGCUGCCAAGAAAAACAAGAAAAAGCUGCCAAAGAAGAAAUCGCGAUAUGAAAGGGCCACUAAUGGGGAGAUCACGUCAUUUGUCACAGAAGAUGAUGUGGUCUACAAACCUGGAGACUGUGUUUAUAUUGAAAGCAGAAGAUCGAACACUCCUUAUUUUAUAUGUAGCAUUCAAGACUUCAAAUUGAGCAAGAGAGACCAUCUCCUGAUGAAUGUGAAGUGGUACUAUCGCCAGUCAGAGGUGCCAGACUCUGUCUAUCAGCACUUGGUACAAGACCGGCAUAAUGAAAAUGAUUCUGGUCGAGAGCUGGUAAUCACAGAUCCAGUUAUCCGGAAUAGAGAGCUGUUUAUCUCAGAUUAUGUUGAUACAUACCAUGCAGCUUACCUCAGGGGGAAGUGCCACAUCUCCCACUUCUCGGAUAUAUUCGCUGCUCGGGAGUUUAAAGCCAGGAUAGAUUCAUUCUUCUACAUUCUGGGCUACAAUCCAGAGACAAGGAGGCUUAACAGCACCCAGGGUGAAAUAAGAGUUGGACCCAGCCAUCAGGCCAAGCUCCCUGAUUUGCAGCCUUUUCCAUCACCAGAUCGUGAUGCCAUUACUCAGCAUGAAGAGUUGGUGUGGAUGCCGGGUAGUAACGACUGUGACCUGCUGAUGUACCUGCGUGCAGCCAGGAGUAUGGCUGCCUUUGCAGGGAUGUGUGAUGGUGGAUCCACAGAAGAUGGUUGUGCUGCUGCUUCUCGAGAUGACACUACACUUAAUGCUCUUAACACACUACAUGAAAGCAACUAUGAUGCUGGGAAGGCCUUGCAGCGCCUGGUGAAAAAGCCUGUUCCCAAACUGAUAGAAAAAUGCUGGACUGAUGAUGAAGUGAAAAGGUUCAUAAAGGGCUUGAGACAAUAUGGCAAGAAUUUCUUCAGAAUCAGGAAAGAACUGCUUCCAAACAAAGAAACAGGUGAGCUGAUCACUUUUUACUACUACUGGAAGAAAACUCCUGAAGCUGCCAGCUCCCGUGCACACCGCAGACACCGCCGGCAGGCAGUCUUCCGCAGAAUAAAAACACGCACUGCUACCACUCCUGUGAACACUCCCUCACGACCACCAUCCAGUGAAUUCUUGGAUCUGAGCUCUGCCAGUGAGGAUGACUUUGACAGCGAGGACAGUGAACAGGAACUAAAAGGCUAUGCAUGCCGACAUUGCUUCUCUACCACUUCCAAGGACUGGCACCAUGGUGGACGGGAGAACAUUCUUCUCUGUACAGACUGCAGACUUCACUUUAAGAAAUACGGUGAAUUACCACCUAUUGAAAAGCCUGUGGAUCCACCACCAUUUAUGUUCAAACCAGUCAAGGAGGAAGAGGAUGGACUUAAUGGGAAACACAGUAUGAGGACCAGGCGGAACAGAGGCUCGAUGUCAACGCUACGUAGUGGGCGUAAGAAGCAAACUACCAGCCCAGAUGGCAGAGUAUCACCUAUAAAUGAAGAUAUACGGUCCAGUGGUAGAAAUUCUCCAAGUGCUGCCAGUACAUCCAGUAAUGAUAGCAAAGCAGAAUCUUUGAAGAAACCUUCUAAGAAGAUUAAAGAGGAGGCUUCAUCCCCACUAAAGAGUGCCAAACGUCCAAGAGAGAAGCCAGUGUCUGAUGCUGAAGAGACUGACAGGGCCAGUGCAAAGAAAUCUAAAACACAAGAAAUAAGUGGGCCAAACUCUCCAUCAGAAGGGGAAGGUGAAGGUGAAGGAGAAGGCGAGGGUGAAGGAGAAGGGGAGAGCUCAGAUAGCCGAAGUGUUAAUGAUGAAGGAAGCAGCGAUCCAAAGGACAUUGAUCAGGAUAACCGCAGCACAUCCCCCAGUAUUCCCAGUCCUCAGGAUAACGAGAGUGACUCAGAUUCUUCAGCUCAGCAGCAAGUGUCACAGCCCCAAAAUGGAGCUCCAGCAAUGGUGCCACCUGCUGUGUCUCCAGGACCUCUACCACCUUCUAUACCUCCUUCUCAUAGUAUUGCUCCAGUACAGAUAUCACCGUCUUCUUCACUGCCUCCUUCACAACCACCUCAGCCUCCAUCACUUUCACUUGUUCAAGCUCCAGUUCUGCACCCUCAAAGGCUUCCCUCACCACAUCCAGCCAUCCAGCCUCUUGCUGGGUCACAAGGAGAGCCACAACCUCCUACUCCUACCCAAAUCCACCCACAGUCUCCGCACCAUGGGCCAUUACCCUCAAUGCCACACAAUAUGCAGGCACAACCUGUUCUACAAUAUCCAGGUUCUUCUUCACCUCAACCAUGUGCCUCUCAGGUCUCUCCAGUGCCACAAACAACCUCCCAUCCUUUCCCUCAUACUUCUCAGGGACAACAAACUGCUCAGCCUCCUCUGCAGAUCCCCUCUCAAACCCCACGUGAGCAGCCUUUGCCUCCUGCGCCUAUGGCCAUGCCUCAUAUAAAGCCCCCUCCUACCACACCUAUUCCUCAGAAUCCUUCACAGUCCCACAAACAUCCUCCUCAUUUACAGGGACCCUCACCCUUUUCCAUGAAUUCCAAUUUGCCACCUCCUCCUGCUCUUAAGCCCCUAAGUUCAUUGCCUACCCAUCACCCUCCUUCCGCUCAUCCUCCUCCUCUGCAGCUUAUGCCACAAAGCCAGCAACUUCAGUCUUCUGCAGCACAACCACCAGUCCUGACUCAGAGCCAAAGUCUUCCCCAGACUUCUGGACACCCACAAUCAGGACUCCAUUCCAUACCACCCCAGCCUGCUUUUCCACAGCACACAUUUAUUCCUGGUGGCCCUCCUUCCAUCACGCCACCAUCAUGUGCUCCUACAUCUACAACAUCAAUAUUGCCUGCUGCAUCUCCAGGUCUUCAACCACCUACACCUGUAUCAAAUGCCACAGCUUCUUCUGGCGUUUGUAUCCCAGUAUCUCCCUCCCCAAAUCCACCGCCACUGCCCCCAAUACAGAUCAAAGAAGAGGCCCCUGAUGAGAUUGAAGAACCUGAAAGUCCUCCACUUCCUCCUCGAAGUCCAUCUCCAGAGCCUACAGUGAUAGAUGCACCUAGUCAUGCCAGCCAAUCUGCAAGGUUCUACAAGCAUUGGGAUCGAGGUUACAACUCGUGUGCAAGAUCAGACCUCUACUUUAUUCCUUUGGGUGGAUCAAAGCUGGCCAAGAAGAGGGAGGAAGCAGCUGAGAAGGCCAAGAGGGAAGCAGAACAGAAAGUCAGAGAGGAAAGAGAACGUGAAAAGGAGAAGGAAAAAGAGAAGGAAAGGGAACGGGAGCGAGAGAGAGAAGCAGAAAGGGCUGCGAAGGCUUGCAGUUCACAUGAAAGCCGCCUUGGAGAGAGUCAGCUGAGUGCUGCAACUCACAUCAGACCUUCUUUUGAACCACCUCCAACGACCAUAGCUGCUGUACCCCCUUAUAUUGGGCCAGACACACCUGCUCUUCGAACCCUUAGUGAAUAUGCGCGGCCUCAUGUUAUGUCCCCCACCAAUCGCAACCAUCCAUUCUUUGUCCCUCUUAACCCCAAUGAUCCACUAUUGGCUUACCAUAUGCCAGGAUUGUAUAACAUUGAUCCUACCAUGAGGGAACGGGAAUUGCGUGAGCGGGAGUUGCGGGAACGUGAGAUCCGGGAGAGGGAACUGCGGGAAAGGAUGAAGCCUGGCUUUGAGAUGAAACCCCCCGAGUUAGAUCAACUCCACCCUGCAGCUAACCCAAUGGAACAUUUUGCACGGCAUGGUGCAUUAAUCCCCCAAACAGCAGGACCUCACCCAUUUGCUUCUUUCCACCCUGGCUUAAAUCCACUAGAGAGAGAGAGACUGGCUCUGGCAGGACCACAACUACGGCCAGAAAUGAGCUAUCCCGAGAGACUGGCAGCUGAGAGGAUACACGCAGAGCGAAUGGCAUCACUUUCGAAUGACCCUUUGGCCAGGCUUCAGAUGUUCAAUGUCACUCCUCAUCACCACCAACACUCGCACAUACAUUCACACCUCCAUCUCCAUCAGCAGGACCCUUUACAUCAAGACUGCUGCUGUAACUCUAAGUCUUGGCCGGGCGUGGCUGAAAACGGGACAUGUGUUCCAGUCCACUUUCCUGGGUCUGCAGGUCCUGUUCACCCACUGGUGGAUCCCUUGGCUGCUGGGCCUCAUCUGGCACGUUUCCCAUACCCACCUGGUACCAUCCCUAACGCGUUGCUGGGACAACCUCCCCACGAGCACGAAAUGCUUCGGCACCCUGUUUUUGGUACCCCUUACCCUCGGGAACUACCUGCAGGUAUCCCACCUCCAAUGUCUGCUGCCCACCAGCUUCAAGCUAUGCAUGCUCAGUCUGCUGAGCUACAGAGGUUAGCAAUGGAGCAACAAUGGUUACAUGGGCACCCUCACAUGCACGGUGGGCACUUACCCAGCCAAGAAGAUUAUUACAGUCGACUGAAGAAAGAAGGGGACAAGCAGUUGUAACAGAGCGUGACCAUGGAUCCUUCCCUCCCCUCCAUCCCUCCUUAGGAGAGUCAGGCUCCAUACAACAGGUUCCCAGAGGCUGCACAGAUUUCUUCGAUAUUUAAGACUUGCCAGAUCCUUUGCUUCAUCUGUAGAGAAGACACCUCAAGGCCGUUCUGGAAGUUCCCUGCAUGACACACAUUUUUCCCCAGCCUCGGGAGGGAGUAGGUUUGGGGGAGAGGGAGGGCAGUUGAUGGACAAUGGGAACAGUUUUGACUUUUCUCCUCACAUUCUGGAGGUGCAAAGACCCAUAUAUUCACUCACUGUGUGUGAAUGAUGCAAGAGACUUGGUUACCCUCCAACCACACCCAGGGGUCUCUAGUGCUGUGAUACAGAUAAUUCCAUUUUUUAUUACAUUGUCAGGAGACUGCUAUCAUUGUAUAAAAUUGCUCCAGUCUGUCCACUGACUACAAUCAUUCUGAGAACAAGGACUGGUGGAAAGUUCUCAAAAAACACUCUGCCCCUGUCCCUGUAUUUGCAGUUACUAACUGUGAGUUCAAGCCAACCGGAGGCCAGAAUUGUUUAACCACUUCACUGCCUACUGGCGCUAUACUGUGCCAGCUAGGUGGUUAAGAUCCACAGAAGAGGAAAGACUUUGGACAUUACCAAGAAUGCAGUGGUAACAGUGCAAUCCUAAAUUCAUGCUUUUGUGUUAUUAUUCGGUUAAAUGCUUAUUUCUGUAUGAGCCUAAGUGAUCCCCAUUCCCACCUGUUUCCAACUUCCACCACUUCACUGCUCUCCCCUUCUCCAGACUGUGUUUGAUCUGUGGGGAGACAGAUUUUGGGGUUUUGUUUUGUUUUUUUUUAUUCUAAUUGUUUUUGUUUUACUCCCAAACGAUUCUCCUUACAAGUUAUUGUAUGUCACUUGUAGAUAAGGGGCUACAGCGUUUUAAGUUGUAGAUGCAAAAUGCACACAGGCUUGUGCGUAUCUUCACUUUAUAGCAUUGAAGUUUCUGCAGGGUUAGAACUUUUAUUAUUUAAUUUAUAAGGAAAACUUCCUAUAUUUUAGUGUUUCGGGCCUGCUAUACCUAAUGCCAAGGGUUUUAUUUGUACAGAUUCUAUUUAACCUGGGCUAUUAUUUUUUUAUUUCAUGUCAUUUUUUUCUGUUGUCUGUUUAUCUAAUUGUUUUUUCCCACUUCUCUUCCAACAUUACAAUAGCAGGUUUUGACAUGAGUGAAAUGAUUUGGCUGUGCAGCUGACACAUAUAAAGGCACAUUUAGGAACUGCUUACCCACCAGCUGAGGUCUAAAAGGGCAGGCAGAGGCUGUAGUUAAAGGCAAGGCCUGGUAAGCUGCAUGCAUUAGAGCAGUUGUCCGGAUGCUGAAGAAUCCUCUUCCACAUGGUCUCCUAGCAACCCCCAAUCAGGGCACUAUCCCUGCUGUUCUGACUGUUAUUUCUGGCACUCAGCAUUUCAGGGCUGUGGCAAAGCACGCUGGAUAAAGACUCAAGCACCCCUUCACUCUUCAACAAGUCUAUAGACAACACCUGUUGGUGGCAGAUAUUAGGGGAAGUGUUAACGCGGGCAUUCUCCCUACACUGUUUGCAGAUAUGUCUUUUACCUUUAUUUUUAUUAAUGCAACAAGCAGGCUUUGAUCACCUUUAGCAACAUAAUGGCAAUCCUGUAUCUGCUCAUCAGUAAAGCUUGUACUCAUAUGCCACUUACCUAUAUUGCAUUGAGAUCAGAAACAGCAGAAGUCUUCUCAUUCUACAGGCCACACUUUUUGUUACUUUACAUGUUCUCAAUAUUAAACAAGACUGCAGUUUAUAUUCAUACAUGCAUCAUUUUUGUAUUUUUUUUUUUUUUUUUUUUUUUUGAGUUUUGGGGUGCUUGGUUUCUUUAUCUGCCUUGGCUGUUUGUGUAAAGCCUGUUCUGGUGAUGAGGCCUGCACAGGUUUGGUAUCCAGGCCUCUCCCAUACGAAUAGGUGCAUUUGUUCUCUGCUAGGGAGAUCAGCACAUCCUUCUAGCAGAGUAUUUGUUGAGUAGUUCUGUUUCAUUCAGUUUUAUUCUGUUCUAGUUUUUUCCCAGCUUCCUUUGUUACGUUUCUUUUUAUUUUUCUUUUGUAAUCUCGGACGUACCUCGUUCAGCGUGUUAAAAAAAUAAAAUAAAAAUGUAAGGCUACUUGUUUCAUGGCACCGUUAAGCAGAUUGUACAUCCAGACUGCUCCAUUUCUAUAUAUAUCUUGAAGAUUUUAAUGUAUAUAGGAGUAGUUUGCCAUGGGGGUAGAAACCCAGAAAUUCGUGACUUCUGUGUUUUCUCCAUUUUGAGUAUUUUGUAAUUUUUUUGGAAAUAUUUGUGGACAUAAACAAUAAAGCAAGCUACACCACA